GGGACAUGUCACUGGGGAGUUCCCCCAUGUUGGGGGUACGCCCUGUGCCCCGGCCCCUCUGGUUGUCCCACCUCGGCCUGCUGUGCUUCAGCGUGUCAUUGUUUGCCCAGGCUCCCCAGGGUUUGCCUGCGGUGCCCUACAACACCGACUCCAAGAGAGAGAUCACCCUGGAAGGAGAUCUGAUGAUUGGCGGCCUGUUCCCUGUGCACCAAAAGGGCGAGGGGGUAGAAGACUGUGGGAAGAUCAAUUCACAGAGAGGGAUCCAGAGACUGGAGGCCAUGCUGCUGGCAUUAGAUGAAAUCAACAAGGAUGAGCGAAUCCUUCCUGGGAUCAGACUGGGAGCCCACAUUCUAGACACUUGCUCUAAAGACACAUACGCUUUGGAGCAGUCUCUAGAGUUUGUCAGGGCCUCCCUCACUAAAGUGGAUGACAGUGAGUACACAUGCCCCGAUGGUUCCUACGCCAUUCACGACGACGUCCCACUGGCUAUCUCUGGGGUCAUAGGAGGCUCUUAUAGUGAUGUCUCCAUUCAGGUGGCGAACCUGCUGCGGCUUUUCCAAAUCCCUCAGAUCAGCUAUGCUUCCACGAGUGCCAAGCUAAGUGACAAGACUCGAUAUGACUACUUCGCCCGCACCGUGCCCCCCGACUUCUACCAGGCCAAGGCCAUGGCAGAGAUCCUGCGCUACUUCAACUGGACAUACGUAUCAACAGUGGCCUCAGAAGGUGACUAUGGUGAGACUGGUAUAGAUGCCUUCCAACAAGAGGCUCGGGCCCGACAGAUCUGCAUUGCCACUUCAGCCAAGGUGAGCCGUUCAAUGAGCCGCUGGAGUUAUGAGAAUGUAAUCCGCUCCCUUCAGCAAAAGUCCAACGCUAAGGUGGUCAUCCUGUUCACACGCAGCGAAGAUGCCCGUGAGCUGCUGGUGGCAGCCAAUCGCAUGAAUGUCACCUUCACCUGGGUGGCCAGUGAUGGCUGGGGGGCACAGGAGAGUGUGGUGAGGGGAAGUGAAGCUGUGGCAGAUGGAGCUUUCACCAUUGAACUUGCUUCCUAUCAGAUCACUCACUUUAAUGAAUACUUCACUGCUCUGCAUCCGUAUAACAACACCAGGGAUCCGUGGUUCAGGGAAUUUUGGGAAAACCAGUUCCAGUGCAGUCUCCACGACCUCGGCUGUGGGAAACACUCUCUUCGUGAAGUUCCAUUUCAACCAGAAUCGAAGAUCAUGUUUGUGAUGAAUGCUGUCUACGCGAUGGCUACUGCCUUACACAACAUGAGGCAAGCGUUGUGCCCCAACUCCACCAAGGUGUGUGACGCUCUUAAACCUGGCAAUGGACGGAAGUUUUACAGGGAUUACAUCCUUAAGGUCAAGUUUGAUGCACCGUUUCGACCCCCUGACACAGAGAAUGUAAUUUGUUUUGAUGCCUUUGGAGACAGCGUCGGCCGUUACAAUAUUUUCCACUACCACAAAGAAGGCGGACGAUAUGUCUACCGUAGUGUCGGCUACUGGGCUCAAAGCCUGACCCUGAACACCAGCCUGAUCCCCUGGGCUGGACAAGUUGUGCCUCCCUCCCAGUGUAGUGACCCUUGCAGGAAGAAUGAGGUGAAGAGUAUGCAGCCAGGCGAUGUGUGCUGCUGGAUUUGUAUUCCGUGCCAGUCCUACCAGUACUUGCAAGAUGAGUUCACCUGUGCUGACUGCAGCUUUGGACAGUGGCCUUUAGCAAAUCUCACAGGCUGUUACGACUUGCCUGAGGAGUACAUCCAUUGGGAAGAUGCCUGGGCCAUUGGACCUGUCACCAUUUCCUGCCUAGGGAUGAUGAGUACACUGUUCGUCAUCGGCCUCUUCCUUAAACACAAUGAGACACCUGUGGUGAAGGCCAGUGGACGUGAGCUCUCCUACAUUCUUUUGCUGGGAGUGCUGAUGUGUUACAGCAUGACAUUUAUCUACAUUGCCAAGCCGUCCACCGCAGUAUGUACACUGCGCCGGUUAGGCUUAGGCACCUCGUUUGCUGUAUGCUACUCAGCCCUCCUGACCAAGACCAACCGUAUAGCUCGGAUUUUCAGUGGUGUGAAGGAUGGAGCUCAGAGGCCUCGGUUUAUCAGUCCAGCCUCCCAGGUUGCCAUUUGUGGUGCUCUGAUCUCCUGCCAGCUGGUAGUGGUGGUGGUCUGGUUGUUGGUAGAGACUCCAGGUGUGAGAAAAGAAGUGAGUCCGGAGAAGAGAGACGUGGUCACCCUCAAGUGUAACAGCAAGGACUCCAGCAUGCUCAUGUCUCUGACCUACAACUGCAUACUCAUUAUCCUUUGCACAGUCUACGCCUUUAAGACCCGCAAAUGCCCAGAGAACUUCAACGAGGCCAAGUUCAUUGGGUUUACGAUGUACACCACCUGCAUCAUCUGGCUGGCUUUCCAACCCAUUUUCUAUGUUACUGCCAGUGACUACAGGGUGCAGACUACCACUAUGUGCAUCUCUGUCAGUCUCAGCGGGUCAGUGGUGCUGGGGUGUCUCUUUGCUCCAAAAAUCCACAUCAUUCUGUUCCAGCCACAGAAGAAUGUCUGCACCCUCAGAGUGGCCACCACCCGCUUCAGCGUCAACACCGGCCCAGCCUCCAGUUUUUCUCAAGCAUCAGCCUCCAAUGUUGUUCCAACAGUUUGUAACGGACGAGAGGUGGUGGACUCCACAACAUCCUCCUUGUGA